CACUCCAAUUUGUGAUGGUGAUCACAUGUACAUUUCUUGCGGUCCUCGUGCUGUAAUUUCGAUAAAUUCUCUUAUGUAUGGGAAAUGGGACAAGAACAUUUGUCCUGGGCCAUAUACUCUGAAUGAUAUACCACCCAACGCUGGCUUCCCUGACAUGUGCACGUCCAAUUCGGCCUUUGACCACUUCAAGACCAAUUGCGACGGAAAAAAUGUGUGUGAACUGAACACAAACAUGAACGAAGAUCCGUGUUAUGGUACCAGAAAGUACUUAAUUGCCAAGUACUACUGCAUUGAGCCACGUCCUUCUUGUUCAGCUAAAUAAUUAUUAGUAAUAUUAAUUGUAUAAUCAAUUAAUUUGAUUUUAUUACAUUUAAAAAGG